AACAAUUCAAAAGUAAUUAAUUAGUCUGUUUACGAAGAUCAAAGAAGCGUCCUUGAAAGCCCCUUGAAAGCCGCUUGCAAGAUACUUUUGGUUCCAGUUUCGAUCCAUGCUUCAGUUCUGUUGACUACUCGCAGUCCUUGCUUCGACAUCUGAUAUCAUCUUCAUCGAGUUUCGUUUUUACGCUUGAUAGUCUGGCUGUUCGUACAGUGUUUUUGAUAUAAUGUCUACCAAGCUUUUCAUGUCUGCAACGAAAUACUUGUUGGUCGCGGUCAGACUUAUUACAGCUUUGUUUGUAAACAUAAACUCCCUUUUAAGAAAGACUAAGGAGACGCAAUUUAUUUCGGAUGAUAAAAUUGCCUUACAAGCUGAAUACAUAUGCGAGAAAUACAUCCAAAACAAGUUUAGUCAAAAGGCAAAAACCACGAAAGUAAUGCUUCAGGGAAAUCCGCGUUUGAAAGCUUCUGAAGAAAUUUGCUCAGAAGACGUUGUCACCACGAUGCAAAAAUACGGAGGGAUCCUAGAGAAUUGCUUUCCUACGCUGUACUGUAAUGUCACCCAGCAGUUAAACUUUGGCAUCAACAUCGAUCUGGUCGUUUGUGGAGUGUUCACGUGUGUUUGUGAUAACAUACUUGCAAGUGGCAUUACUUGGUCAAAGAUUGUGUCAAUGUAUGCGUUUGCCGCUGCUCUUGCCACGGAUUGUUCUCAAGACAACGAUCUUAGAAUUGCUAAGAGUAUUUCUCGCUGGAUGGGACAGUAUAUUCAUAAGAGGCUAUGCACUUGGAUACGAGAAAACGGUGGUUGGGAUGGAUUGGCUAUUCACUUUGACGAGAGUGCUUGUAUUUUCAGUCCAAAAAGCAACUGCAGCUGGAUAAACAAGAGAGUUUUUACUCUAACUGGGUCACUUAUAGCACUUCUUUUCAUGACUGCAGUGGCAUUCAGACUAAGCUAAUUAAUUUUAUGCCUAAAAUGACAAAAAUGUUUUAGGGCCAAAUCAGGGGGAAACCUUUUGAAAUCUUUGAAAAGAAACAGUAGAGAACAUGGCUAAUAACCAUAACUUUUAUAAAAGAUGUUCAUACUGAAGCUACAAUCUUGGACAAAAUAGUUGAGAAUUUUAGUCUGUAAGGGUAUAUUGUGCAAAACACAUGUAUGUCCCCUUACAAUGACCCCCUCCCCCCCGCAAAAAAACAAUGUUGGUUCUAGCGAGAGGGAGCCAUGCAGCCCACUGGGAACAGCAUUGUUGAAUGGGUAAGCUUUAGAUAUUUGGUAUGGAAAAUUAUAUUUUUUUAUGACAAUCGAAAAUUCACAACUGGCUCCACACAAUGGCUCCAAGUCAAGGAUGGACUUGAUAUAACACAGUAAAUAUUAUAAGUGAAUGAACACAUUAAGUUCAAGUUUGACCAGAAGCCAUAUUGUUUUGUGUUUAUGCAAGUUUUUUCAGGAGGAGGGGGGUUUGGCUAAUUUCCCUCCUCAAGCCCCUUACCCAAAAUGCUGGAUCYAUACCCUUCACUGGCUUAGAUCAACCGAGAGGUUGUUUUAGUUUGACAAAAUUGAGGCUUUAUAGAACAUUAAGAAGACUAGGUAUUUUUCUACUUCAAAGUGCAAUAUACAAACUACAUCCUGGGACACAAUAGUCUGUUUAAUAGGCAUUUUUCUUCUUAAGUUAACAUAAACAAAUGGUCUAAAAUCUAUAAUUAUAAUAUAAAUACAUGUAAAAGAAAAUAUUAUGCAAUAACACUGGCACAUAAAAACAGAUGGUUCAAAGUAUGGGUGAAAAGCAUGACUAGUAAAGCUAUAAAGACAUGAUUGUAGGGUUGUGCAGGAAGUAUAGUGGUGCUACUUACAGCCAUGUUCCACUGUGUACUGGCCCUACUAGUGAAAAACACGAUAUGAAUGGUCUAGAUAGAAAGUAAUUCAUGACGAGAAAACUAACAAAAGGUAAUAUAUAGAUCAUAACUAUUAUGUUAUUAACACAAGUAUAGCAUAAAAAUGACCUCAAACUUG